AUGGCCGAUUUGCCUCAGGAUCGAAUAAUUGGUUGCCGACCUUUUUGGGUAUGUGGUGUAGAUUUGUGUGGUCCUGUAUUAACGACGUUAAGAAUUAGGGGAAGGCCUCCAGUAAAGACUUAUAUUGCAGUAUUUGUCUGUUUUGCAUCUAAAGCAAUUCAUUUGGAAGCAUUGUCAGAUCUGCAAACUGAUACUUUUCACUCUGCUUUAAAUAGGUUUGUGGGUAGAAGAGGACUUCCGAAGAAGAUAUGGUGCGACAACGCCACAAAUUUCGUCGGAACCGCCAGAGUAUGGAACGAGAAGGACAAGGUACGAGUUCAGAAGGCAACAGCAGAACAGGGAGUGGAAUUUCAGUUCAUACCGCCACGAGCGCCUCACUUCGGAGGGUUGUGGGAAGCAGCGGUGAAGUCCGCGAAAUCGUUACUGCUUCGAACAAUAGGCAAAGCGAACUUAACGUACGAAGAAUUGACCACAGCCCUAAUCGACGUCGAAGCCGUUCUCAAUUCUUGGCCAAUCGUGGCAAUAACAGAAGACCCCAACGACGGAGAAGCUCUCACUUCAGGUCAUUUAUUAAUAGGGUCAUCGCUCAAAGCGCUGCCAGAAAUCGAAGGACGAGGCAACAAGGGCGGCUCCUUGAAGCGUUUUCGGCUGCUGUCAUCGCUCAAGGAACACUUUUGGGCUGUGUGGCAGCGGGACUAUGUCCGGGACCUACAACAACGAGCCAAAUGGAGAACACCCAACAACAACCUCAAAGUCGGCGACGUCGUUAUUGUCCACGAAGACAAUCUUCCUCCUCAGAAGUGGGUACUCGGCAAAGUAGAGUCCGUAUAA